UUUGCAUAUUAUGUCUAAUUGUGUGUAACUAUAAUUAAAUUAAUCUAAGACUUUUUUAUGUUUUAAUUUUUGUAGUUAAAAUUUAAUAAAUAUAUUUUUUACAUUGUUUAAAUUUGUUUACUUUAAUGAAAUGUAUAUUAUUUAAAAUUAAAAUUUAUAACUUUUUGUACAAUACUUUUCUCUAGUAGAAAGACAAUAUAGUCUGACUAAGCAUAUACUUAUUCUACUUAAUUUCCCAUAACGUUAAAUAUUAAAAUUUUCAAGAUUAUAUGGUCUGACUAAGCAUAUACUAUUCUACUUAAUUUCCUAUAUUUUAAAUAUUUGGUGAAAUAUUUUGAAAUAGUUUAUUCAAUUGUAUGUGUGUUGGCACUUAAAGAAGAGUCAUGAGUUCAAUCGAAGUAACGGAAUUUACAGACAACUACCCUUACAAAAUUUCACUGUUCGCAGGCGCCUCUCCUCUUUCACAACCUGCGCAGUUAACAUCCUAUGAUAUAAGACUACAAUUAGCCCUUUUACGUUAUAUGUAUGCGAUUUUGUGAACAUGAUUAUGUUGUGUACUCCAAAUUUAUAUUUCACAUAAUCAUUUUUUUAUAAAAUUCAAUUCGAUUUUUCAUUUCAAACCGGAUUAUAAUUAUUAUUAAUAUAAAAUUUCUAAAUUAGAUGGAUUCUUUUUUAAAUGAUUUGAAUUGAAACUUGAAUUUAUAUAUGUAUAAAAACAAAGUGUGCAAGCUGCACCCCUUCGUAAAGACAUGCGUCGUACGCGUGUGCUCAUCCCUCUCUUUUGCCGGACAUUCACUCGAGCAAGUUUGUAAUUUCAUGUUACUUGGUCGAUUCCUCGUGUACAAGACUCGCCUUCACUGAUUUUCUUACUAAUUCGAAAAUUAAGAAAAUAAUUUCCAGUGUUAUUGUAUUACACAUUAUUACUGUUGUCCCUUAUCUCUUAAUUUCAAUAUUAUCGAGAACAGUGUUUUAACCCUCAAUAUUGUAUAGUGAUUGUUAUUGGAAUAGUAUAAUAUUAUAUCGCUCUCAUUUUCAAUUAGUUAUCAAAAAUAUCCUUUAAAUUAGUAAAAGUAAUUUAAUAUGCAAGAGAUUUCCUUAAUAUUAAUAAGAAGAAAUGAAAAUAGAUGUGCCACUAAAGGAUAUUAAAUUAAUUCCAUGACCUUAAUUGUAUAACGGGAAUGUUUCUAAAAUGUGAAUUUUUGAAUUAAAAAAAGUCUUUUUCCAAAUAUUCAAUACAAUUUAUCUUUGAAAAUACAUAUUUUGUAUCACUUUAAUUGAUUAAAGAAGUUUAAAAAUGUUUGGAUCCAAAUUGAGGACAUGGAUGGAAGCACACAUUGUACGUCCAAAGAAAAAGAAAAAGAAAGAUUUAAAGGAAGGUGAAAAAGGAUUUGAAUCUAAUUGCAAUUCACCAAAUAAAUAUUAUACAAGAUUGUCUGCUCCUUGCCAAGUACAUCCAUUGGUUUCACCUAUACUGACGAAGAACUUGGACGGUAUCCAUCAACAGACGAUGACGGGUUCCUCAGGUACUUCCAUCGGUGUUGGAAGUGUAAAUCUCUCAUCACCAGAAAGUGCCUAUAGUACAGGAUAUUCGACAGAUGGUACAUCGCCUGGUGCCAGUUUUCCACCUGAAUAUUACAUCAAUAUCAGAACAGGAAAACAUUAUUUUCAAAAUAGAAAAAAUACACCAAGGGGAAAGAAAAAUUGCGAUGUUAAUUGCUUGCCAAUUGCGCCAAUUAAAGGAAGAGUACAUCAGGAUAAAGGUGAAAAUUCAUCAGCAAAUCAAUCAAUUAAUAAGCCAAGAAAUUCUCAUGGCAAUACAUUUAACAAGUUUAUUGAAGCAUCAAAAAAUCAUUAUUCAUCACACUACCAUCAGAACUAUAGUCCUCAACAAGAAGAGCGCCGUUGUCAUACACAAGUUUCGCAUCAGAGAACAGAAUCGUUUUCAGUGAAUUCAUCAAUAAAUAGUCUGUCGAUUCCAUCUUCUAUACCACCGCCUCUAGUUUCGGGUCCACUGCAAUCCCCAAGGCAACGAUCACGUAUUCGAACGAAUCCAUGGCUGUCAGCCAAUUCUUCCAGUUCUGCCAGCACAUCGGGCUACAAGUCAAGACUUACUCUAGAUGAAAGCAGUAUUAGUUCAGGUUUGAAAUUAAUGGAAUCUUCAGGCAGCGUUAGUGACAUUAAUGUCAGUAUUUUUCAAGAAAAUAAAAAAAGACGAGAAUAUAGACAGGAAAGUCUUAGCGCAGGACGCAGUCCAAUAAAUCAGAACUGGAGAAUAACAUCAGGAAUGAAUAUUCGUGAUAUGAAUAAUUCUCUAGCGAUGCAAAAACGUUCUAAAAUUGGAGGAAGAGUCAGUACAAGCAGCUGUAGUACCAGUAGUAAUAGCACUUGUUCAGCAUCUUCAACAACAAGAAGUGUUCACACAUCGGAUGAAGAUUUAACACUAAACGAAAUGUUAGGUAAAUUCGAUGAAAGCUAUGUCUACGAAAAAGAAACUGAUAUAUUGUCAGACAGUGAUCCAACUGAUUGUGAUGAUCAUAUCGAUUCACUUUCUGAUGUUGACACAGGACAAGACGGAGGAGAUGAGAAUGAUCCAUUUGAAAAAGAUUUUGAUUACAUCGAUAAUGCCACUUCUUUUCUAGAAUUAGAAAAACUCGAUCCAUCUGGACAUUUGUAUAAUAAUAAACAAUGUACAUUUUUCUCCAUGAACAAUCCAUUAACACGGCAUGAUCCUAGAUUAACAUUCAUAAAAAGACGAAAUAAAGAGGAAAAAACAAAUCAUCGGUCUAUUAACAUUGGAAAUGUUGUAAAACGACAAAAUAUACAAUUGAAGAAAAUUGAUAGUGAAAGAACUAAUGAGAAAAGAAAGAAGAGAAUUUCUCAACGACGCAAAUGGGAUGAUGAAACUGCAAAUAUAAAUAGAGUACUAGUUGAGAGAAUGUUAUUGAAAAAUUCUGGUUUCAAUCAAGGAAGUCGAAGUGUUGGAGGCACUCCUAUUUGUCUCAGAAGGAAAAAGCACGAUGUCAAUAAAAAUAAUUUUUCACCAAUAAAACAAACAUCCGGUGCAGACAAUUUAAUCUCUCCUCGACAAUUUCUAGUCGAAAAAAAAGCAGCCGAAAUUGUAAAACGCAGAUCUAAUUCAGUAAGCUAUGUAAACGGAAAAAGUUAUAUGACAACAUUUGCAUCAGAAAUCGCUCUCAUUGAAGCCGAUAAAGAAGCCGAUCGAAAAUAUCGAGAAUUAAUAAUGGAAGCAGAAAAUAUUCUUGUAAAUAUGCAAAGAAAUCAUAAUACAUCGCCAGUUGUACCAUCGCCAACAAGAAAAUUUCACAAUGGCUUAACAAAUAAACGAGUAGAACUGAUAAAAAAUACAGAAUUAAAUAUUGAACUUGCCCUAUCAAAAAGUAGAAAUUCACAACCUGAACUUCAAAGUGGAAGUAUCAAAGAUUUAGAACACAUUAGUCCUAAACGACAAUUUCCAACACAAAGGAAUAUAGGACUGUCGAAGGAAAAUCAUCAAAUUAAAUCCUCAGAUUCUCCUUUAAUGUCAAGAAAAGAUUCACACGAAUCACUCAUUAAAGGACUAUUGCAAAAUAAAAUACGCAUUGUCAAUGAUAAUUUAUCAAGGGCACAAAAUUUUUCUUCUAAUUAUUAUGAACAAGGUUCACCAAAUCUUAAUAAAAGAGCUGAAUCAAUAAAAUCUAAUAUAGAAGCUAUGAAAAAUAAUAAUAUUCUAGAGAAAAGUAAUUCGAAAAUUUCUACACCAUUGAAAAUUGAGAGUAACACAUCGAGUUCAUCUGAUUCUGAAGAACGUUGUGAAGAUAUUGAUAGAGAGCCUCUUCUUAAUUUCAGAUCAAUAGAUAUGGAUCCUAUUAAGGAAAGUGCAUCCUAUUGUCCACAAAGUGAACCAGUAAAGAGAAAAGUUUAUGCAGGAAGUGUGACUUUUGGAAGAAUUAAAAAAACCCUAGGUGAACAUAAUGUGCUUCUUAGAAAUUCUGAUGGCGAUACAACGAAUGAAGACACAGAUGGCUCAAGAAGAUCACUUCGUGAAAAAGUUGCACGUCUUCGUCAAGAACGAUUGGUGGCAGAAUUGAAUGUACAAGAAAAUCGUGUUUUUCAACAACAAUUAUCGCAAAUACGACGACAAAUGCUUAUGCAAACAAUUGAGGGAUUAAAACGUAGUUUGGAAGAUCAAUCAGCAACAUUAAAGCAAACAUGUCUGGAAUCAUCAAUUUUGAAUGAUAAUUUUUCUUAAGAGAAAAAAUUUUCUCUUAAUUCUUUAAUAAGAGACAAGUUACCACUGAUUGACGGAAACUAUCAAAGAAAAAAAGAAGAAAGGCUUUCAUAUUUCUGGUCAAAAAUUAGAAUUAGAAAGCAAUAUGAGCUUUGAAGGAUAUAUCAAGGUAGGCAAUAAUCAAUAAAUUAUUUACAAUGAUUCUACAAACGAGCAUAUAUCGUAUUGAUCAAAAUUGUUAGUUCACUAAGAAAGAAAAUCAUGUAUUUUUACGUGACUUUUUUUCCACUAAUAAUUUUGUUCAAUACUAUAAAUAUAUCAAUAAAAAAAGCUGUUAUAAAAAUGGUAGAUAUCUUUGAAAUUCAUGUUCAGUGUCAUGAAAAAUUAUACAGACAGUGAUGCCUUUCCUGGUCUUUAAAUAGAUGCUAGGAGCUCAAUUAUUCAAUAUAAUGAUUAUUACUAUUAAAAAAGAAUACUAUUUAACAUUGAAAUGAAUUUAUUAGUUUUUAACAAUAUUCUUUCAUUUUAUAAUUAAUAUUAUUAUUUUAUUUAUUUUAAAAAUAUUUUUUCUCUGUGUUUACUGCGAUUGAUGUAAAUUAAAAGUAUUCAAAAUACUUGAAAAAAUUACAUAUAAAAAAACAGUGUCUUUAUACUUGGCUAAUUUCAAGAAUUGGGGGGGGGGAGGAUAAAUUAUAUUUUAAAGUGGGACUGAAAAAUUAAUUUUUUUCUAUUUUAUGAAAAAUAUUACCUUCAUAACACAAAAUUUUGUAGCAAUAUUUCCAACAUUACAAAAUAUGGUACUAUGAAGAUAAAUAUUCUCAAAUAUUGUUAAUAAAAAUUUUAUAAAUCUCAUAUUGAUUCUAACAAAAUUUUUGAUGAAAAACUAAAUGCGCGCACUAAACACAGCCAGGUAGAAACAUGCUAUGUAUAUUUUUCUGAGUAUAAACGAUAUGAAAUAUCGAAACUGCAAAUACAAGAUAUUUUCUGGGUGUGUUUCUCAUUAAUCUUCUAAUAAAAACAAGAAAAAGAGAGAGAGAAAGAGAAGAAAAGAUGACCAUAUUUUAUAAGAAUGUUUCGUUCGUUUGAUAAAGUGAUUGAAUGAAACAUGUUUCAAUAUCUACUUUUGAAAAAAAUAAUCAAGUAAUUUAGUUUCAUUGACAGUUAUUGGCAAUAAAAGAGCAAAACUUUUGAAAUAUUUCCAAAUAAAUAUUAGGAGUUCUUUUUAUAUUCGCAAUAAACUUACAAGUAUCUGCAGUUUAUUGAAAAUUCCAACUAGUAAAUAGAAAUAAUCUCAAGUAAUCUCCAUUUACAAAAUAUAAUUAUUCAUAAUUAUUUAAAGGCAACUAAAUAGGCAUGCUAAUUGUAGCCCUUUUUGAAAAUUAUUUAAUACAUAAUUAUUAUAGGAAAAUUAUGUUCAUAGUUCCUGAAUGAAUAUUUAACAUAAAACCUCAGGUGUUAGUUCUCAUACUUGCUCUACUAAUUGAAAUAAGGAUUAAUUUUUUUUUUAUAAAACGUCUUCCGUUAUAGAGUUUCACCAUGAAAUCUAUGAUCUACUUUUUAUUUCAUAUAAUAUUAAUUCACAUAAACAUUAAGUGAUGCCAAGAACAAAAUGUUACAACUGACAUUCUUCCUAUAUUAACAAAAAAAUUAUUUUUUCUUCUUAAUGAUAACGUUUUUGAUAUAAAGUUAUAAACUUUUUUUUUGUCAAAAAACUAAAGAAAAAGUAGAUUUGGCUUUUAAUAGUCAAUAGAGAUUUUUAGGAACGUAUUUUACACGCAUAAUUAAUCCUCUUUAAACAGUAGAAAUUGUAUUAGUAGUUAAUGUAUCUUCUAUACUAUUUUUCAUUUUUAUUUUUAUAAAAUAUUUAUUUCUUUUUACUCUUUCGAAUCUGAAACAAAAGUCAAGCUUCACCUUAAAUUUUCUUUAGUUGAAUAUUUUGUUCUGAAUUUUAUUUUAUUAUUUAUAGAAAUUUAUCAAAUUUGUCAAAGAAAAAAAAUAAGAAAACAUAAUUGAUGGCUUAAGAUAAUUCUUAUAGAGAGGCAAAGAAAGUGAUAUUUAAGAGAAUAGACUGAUAGUAUUAUAAAUUUAAAAAGUAGAAUUAAUUUUACAUUCUAUUUUCAUUAAUUUUAUUUCUAACUUACAUCAUUAUAAAACUUAUUAAAUUAUAAGGGAAAUAUGAAAAAAAAUUAGAUUCAUUUGGAAUUUUCCCAAUAUAGAUACUCUUUAGGUACUCUUUACAUUAAACUUUAGGACAGUGUAGCAAUUAAUAAAACAUGGAAUACUUUCAAAAAUAUUCCAUAGCUCCAUUAAGGAUAUAGUUAAGUAGUUCUUAUAGAAAUAGAUAAAAAGUAACAAGAAAUACCUAGUAGUCUUUUAGAUGUUAUUAUGAUAUUUUAGUAAAUGAUGAAAACUUGUACACGAUCAAAGAAGUUUGCUGUGAAUCCUUUAUGGUUUAAAAGUAAAUAUUUCUCGAAAAUUUUUAUCGAGACUUUUUAAAUAUUGUAUUUAUGUACAUAUCGACUAAGUUUAGUUGAAAGUUUGUUAAAUAUUGAAAUUUAAAAAAUUUUCACUGCAGCAAUAUACAUUGUAUGUAUGUAUGUAUUUAUUAUUACUAUAUUAUUCACUUUUUGGGAACGUUACUUUUAAAAGACGUCCCCUUCAAGUAUUUUUUUAUUCAGAGUAACGCGUUACUAUUAACAAUUGCAAUACAAUUUUUUUUAUAUUAUCAAUCGACUAUGCUUAUAAAAUAAGUAUAUUUGAUCUAUUUGCAGAUAUCUUUUAUUGUCUUUUUAAAAGUACAAUAAAGAUAACUACUUACAGAAAUAAUUGUUAAUUGUAGUUUAUUUAACUAUAAAACAUUUUUCAUAAUAAUUACACUAUGGAAAACAUUAAUAAAAAUUAUUUUUCAAAAUAAUGGUAACGAGUUACUUUUUGAAAAAAAUAACGUUGACAUGGAAUUAUUAUUGUUUGUUUUUGUAUCACAAACAUAAUUUGAUAACAGGACAUGAAAAAAAAUGACAAUUAAUAAAAAUAACUGACCUGUCAUCAAUUUUCGUGUCAUAUUUUCAUAAAUGUAAACAAGUACGACGAGAAUUUUACGAUAUAUAUUCUACUACGAAUAUUAUUAUCGUUCUAGUCAAUAAUGACUAAACACAGUUAAAAAGGUGUAUUAAAAUGGUACUAUUGUUGCAAGCAAUAUCAUUUAUAUAUCAAUAAUUUUUUAUGUAUCUGAUGAUAUAAAUAAAUUAUAUUAAAAAAUUA